GGUUGCCAAGGUUUCAGGCAGCUGCUCCAGCUACGCGCUGCUAGUCUGCGCUUCCCGUCUCGCGCUCGAAGAACCAACGCGCCUCCUCCUCCCCCCCCCAUCAAUAUGGCUUCGGCUGGGGCGGGGAUGACCGAGCGCGAGCGGGACGGCUGCCGGGAGCUGUUGGAACUGCUUCAGACCGACGACCUGCUGGCUCUAGCGGACACGGUGACCAGCCGCCUCGUGCAGCCCAGCAACCGGCAAGAAGCCAUAAAUGUCAUCUUGCUGUACAGUCAAAGCACUGAAGAGCUGUUGAAAAGAAAGAAAGUAUUUCGAGAGAUAAUCUUCAAGUACUUGGCAACAAAAGGAGUUAUAGUGCCACCUUCUUCUGAAAAACACCAACUUGUUUAUCGUGCAAAGGAGUACUGGUGUGAAGGGCUGAAAAUCUGUGCUUCAGAGCAAACAUAUACUAAUCCUAGUAUACAGCAACAAGAAGAUGGAGGAACACAAGGAGAUCAAGAUGACAACAAAGAGUGUUACAAUCUGGCAGAAGAAUUUUGUCAGUGGUAUUUUAGAAUGCUAAACUCUCAGAACCCAUUGAUUGGAGAACCACAACAAGAAUGGGGACCACAACAUUUUUGGGGUGAUGUAACUCUAAAAUUUUGUUACAACACCUCUGAACAAAACAUGGAAGAGUACUCAGGUGCAGAAUUGGUGAGCCUUCGCUUGCUGUCAUUAGUGAAAGAAGAAUACCUUUUCCUGAAUCCCAAUUUGAAUGCAGGUGGCCUGAAGUGUACAGUUUCACGAUAUGGAUUAGUUGUGGUAGCAGUAGCUGGCACAGUUCAUAGAAGUACUUCUUGUUUGGGAAUCUUUGAACAAAUCUUUGGCCUCAUCCGCUGCCCAUUUAAGGAGAAUACAUGGAAAAUCAAGUUUGUCAAUCUAAAGAUUGUUGGCCAGAAUGCCAUAGAGCCUGGGACCCAUAUAGAAAGACCACGCAUAAAAUACGAGCAAGAAGAACUGCAGGAAUUUUAUGUGUCCAAGGAACUUGCCUUAAUUGAGCCUCAAAAAUACUGACUUCUGUUUUGCAACACGAGGGAGAAAAGUAUGUGGGCCUUGGAAAAUACAGCAGGAGAGCAUACUCAAAGCAUUCUGUAAUUUAUUUGCCUUUUUUUUAAUUCAUGCUUUCCUACUACGAGAUAAUCUUGACUGCUGAUCAUAGAGAUUUGCUGCUGGUAAUUGUUGGCUUGAUUUUUGCCCCCAAAUUUACAAUUUGAACAAUUACUUUGGCAGAUUAUUUUCUACAUGAGAAGGGAGGGAAGGUGAGAAGAUACUCCUACUGCUGCGAAGUACUGAUACAGAGGAUGGGUGGGAGAGAAUAGCCAGAAAGAAUCAAGUAUAAAUGAGAAGCAUAAAGCACUGGAAAUGUAAUAUUGUCAUCUUGACUGCUUGUAGCUUCCCUAUUUUCCCCUUUGGGGUAGAAGAAUACAGAAGUGUGAUGAAUCUGUUAAGUUUGCAAGAGAUUCUUUUGCCAAAGACUUAAUUUUAAGUCUUCGUUAAAUAACCUUUCACAGUUUAAUCUCAAGGUUGUACAAAACAAAGCAUUUUUUAUUUUUGAUAGAAUUUUCUGUUAAGACAUUAUAAAACAUUAUCAAAUUGAUUGCUACUUAAAUCAGCAUAUGCAUGAGAAGGUUAGAGUAGUGCUAAAUUUAAUAGAGGGUUUUCAUAGAGAAUUUAUGAAACAAUAUUACUUUCCUCCAUAAAAUGCUUUGAAAUUUGUUAUUUGUCUUAUCCUUUGUUACGUACAACCUUUAUUCGUGUAGCUAUUUACCUAUAGCAAACAUACUUUUAAAAAUACAGGACAAUUGUGAAAUUAUAAAAAACAAGCAUUUAAUUUGUGGCAGUUAUUACACCUAGUUUAUUUCACUUACACUACUUUUUAUUGUUCCUAAUAAAAAUUCCAAUCUUCAGACUAAUUAUAAAAAGGAAAUAGUCUUACUACUUCAGAUUAUUGUGGAAAAAUCAUCAGUGAACAGCAUAAAGAUAGCUACCAGGUUUUGAAAAAUUCACAAAUCCUUAAAAGUAAAAAUCAAAUAUGUGAUGUUAUUCCAGAAUGUAAAAUAAAAUUUUAUUUUGUUUUUGGGUUUCCUGAAUGAUAAAAGAUUUAAAAGAAAUAUGUGUCAUUACAAAUAGAGACUUUGUAUUUUUGAACACAGAUAUUUAAGUGCAUUUCUGCAAUUAUCUACAAUCAUAUAUACAUAUAUGAGGAUUAUUUCUAAAUAUAAACACAAUAACCUACUGCUAGUAAAUAAUUUUUUAAAAAAAUAUGAGACAAUUGUUUUUAACAAUGGUUUAAAAUCUGGUAGAUGUGUCUGCAUCCAGAUAAAAUCUUUUACUGCUGGAAACUGAAACUGAAAGUUGUAUUUUCCUACUCUUGCUCCUUUUUAAUUUGGAUUCUUUUUAAGAGCUUGUACUGACUCAUUUUUAUCAUUUCGUUUUAAAUCAAAAUCACAUUGUAAGAAUUGGAAAACUCCUUGAAGAUUAUCUAAUCCAAUUUCAUGUCUGGUUCAGGAAUCUAUUCCCACAUUAUCCACAUCUUGUUUAAAUAUUUCCAGCUAAAG